AUGACACAGGGACAGACCAAAGCGCUUGCUGAAACUACGACUCAGGCUCAAAGCGCUACCCAUUAUAGCAUAUCCUUUAUUCCGACAGAGAUAUUACAUGAAAUCGUCAGCUUGGUGGAAAAUAUUUCUGGUGGGAGGAAAAGUCUUGCAAACUUGUGCUUGGCUUCACGGCAACUACGAGCGAUAGCCCAACCUCUGCUGCUCUCGCGAGUUAAUAUUGGAACCUCAGGAGUUCUGCGUGUUAAGAUGUUGGGGCAGCUUAAAGAUCUUGCAAGCGGAGUCUGCUCUUCAAGCUUGUAUGCUCGCACUCUUACGAUUGAUUAUCGCACAUCCUUCCCAGACGCUCGCAACAAAUCACUUUAUCCGAACAAAACUGAAUUUCUCAAUUAUCUCCCUGCCGCGCUUGAGUCUUUCAAGAACAUUGAGAAGGUCGUGUGGUAUGUUGGAAAAAAUGGGCCCGGUUGGCUCCAUCAGGCAAUCGGAGAUGGCAUGAGGACUUGGAAGCUUCGCGAAUUGUCUGUUGAGCCUCAGAGUGACACCGAAAUCUUCCAUCCUAUCAAUAGCGGGUCCUUCAUUCAUAUCCUUCGACGCCUCUUAUUAUCAGCUAAGCAUCUGGUCUACGUGCAAGUCCAUGGAUUCAAUCCAUCAUAUCUUCUGUCGUACUUUCCAAAUAGUAUUGAACAUUUGGGCUGCUCGAAUUUGGACUGUCUCAUACCACAAGAAACGAUGCUUCUACCUGGACGUCUCAAGAAUCUCAGAUCUCUCUACAUACGUACAGACCGCCCUCACUGGAGUAACUAUCGGGAUGACGACUGCGUUUGGGAUGCAUUCAGAAAGACCCGAUGCAAUGCUACCCACAUUCAGACGAACACUCACAUUAACGAUGGGUUUAUUUCGUACAUCGAAAGCAUUCGAAAUGUCCAACAAAUCAUUCUAGAGCUCAACACUCCAUGGAACCCUGUGCAGGCAUCUGUAUCCGAUACCCCACUUAGGGUCAUAUCAUCUCUGUCGACGCAUCACGCCGAUUCCCUUCUCGUUCUAGAUGAUAUCAAGGCCAAGCUGUUAUUACUCUCCAAGCUCGAGAACCUUGAACUCAGUGUUGGUGGAUCUUCUGUGCAGGAUGUUCAUUCCCUACUGUCCUUCUGUGAUACGGGUUUCCUGUCCCUCCAGAGCCUGACAUUACAUUUUCCGUCACUCGAACACAUCAACAAAAAAAUGGUUGAUAAAAACGAUAACACGGUCAACAUAUUGCUGGAGACUAAACUUGGAAACCGGACAGUUUAG